UAGUAUUUAUGAAAAGGAUGAUAUUUUUAAUAUUGAAUUUUUUAAUGAUAUACGAAAGUUUUCUGAUUUAUAUUUAUGUCUGAAUGAAAUAACGUUAUAUGAUUUUUAUAGCAUCUUACUUGAAAAUUUACGAUCUAUAUUUGCGUCGGGGGAAAAAACAUUGUCACAAUUAUUUGAAAGUAUAGCAUUACUAACCAAUUUAGACGUUAGAUACAGCAUAGGAAAAGAGCGUGUUUAUUUUAAUAAAGUAAAAGCCAAGAAAAUGUUUCAAAUAUUAAAUAUUGACGAUCCCGAGACCUUAGAAAAUUGCGUUAAAGGUUUAAUUAAAUGA